CCUCGCGUGCGUUUAAGAGACGUAUUUCCGGUAUAGGCAUUCAAUUCAAGAUGGCUGACCUCUUGGGCUCGAUCCUAAGCUCCAUGGAGAAACCUCCAACUGUUGGCGACAAGGAAAGCCGACGAAAAGCAAGAGAGCAAGCUGCUAGACUGAAAAAAAUGCAAGAGGAUGAGCGGAGAAAGAAAAAUGAUUUUAGAAAAAAGAUGGAGAAAGAAGUCUCUGACUUUAUUCAGGACAGUGACGUACAGAAAAAGAAGUAUGCGCCCAUGGGAAAGAUUGAGAGGAGUAUCCUCCAUGACGUUGCCGAGGUGGCAGGUUUGACUUCCUUUUCUUUCGGAGAGGAUGAGGAAAGCAGAUACGUCAUGUUGUUUAAGAAGGAGUUUGCUCCAUCAGAUGAAGAACUAGAAGCUUACAGAAAAGGAGAGGAAUGGAAUCCCCAAAAAGCUGAGCAGAAACGUCGAUUAAAGGAACUUGCUGCAUUGGAGGAAGAGUCCGCCAGCCGCUCAGUAAAAAGGCCUGUGUCUCCCAGUUCAAAUUACAGGGAUAAAUACAGCCAUUUGAUUGGUACUUCGUCUGCCAAAGAUGCUGCACACACACUUCAGGCCAAUCUGUCAUAUGGCUGUGUACCUGUGGCAAACAAAAGGGACACCCGCUCUAUCGAGGAGGCCAUGAACGAGAUCAGGGCCAAAAGACAGAAGAAAGAUGAGGACACUGGGGCAGGCAGUAGCCAUGCCAGUCUGUGAGCGUGAGGGAGUGUUUGUGUGUGUGCGUGCGUGCGUGUGUGUGUGUGUGUGUGUGCGUGUGUGU